GCGCCACCGAUUCAGGGCUCGUAGCGCCAGGAGUGAGAUGGCCGCGGGCCGCUUUCUCUUCUUCUCCCUGGCCCUGGGCGCCCUGGGCUCCCUCUGCGUGCUCUUGACCGUCUAUUGGGUGCAACACUGGCGUGGCGGCUUCGGCUGGGUCGACUCCGAUGGCAUAUUCAACUGGCAUCCCGUGCUGAUGGUAGCAGGGAUGGUGGUGCUCUACGGGGCGGCAUCACUGGUGUACCGGCUGCCCCAGUCCUGGGUGGGCUCCAAAGUGCCCUGGAAACUGCUCCACUCGGCCCUGCACCUGGCCGCCUUCGUCCUGGCGGUCCUGGCCCUGUUCGCCGUCUUCAGGUUUCACAGCCAGAAGAAGAUCGCCAACCUCUACUCACUGCACAGCUGGCUGGGGAUCACCACCGUUUUCCUCUACGCCUGUCAGUGGUUGUCCGGUUUUGCCGUCUUCCUGCUGCCUUGGGCGCCCUUGGAGAUGCGCAGCCUACACAAACCCAUCCACGUGUUCUUCGGGGCCUCCAUUCUCUCCCUGACCGUAGCCUCCGUCCUCUCCGGCAUCAACGAGAAGCUCUUCAUCAGCCUGAGAAACCAGACGGCCUCUUACCCCAGCCUGCCCGUGGAGGCCCGCUUUGCCAACACGAUUGGGAUGCUAGUGGUGGUCUUCGGGCUUCUGGUGCUCUAUGUCCUCUUGGCGUCGUCCUGGAAACGACCGGAGCCCGGGGCGCUGACGGACAGACAGCCCCUGUUGCUCGAAAGGGAGUGAAGCCCGAUGGGCCCCCAAAGGAGGUGGAACCUGCGACCCCCCGCGCACACAGACGGCGUUCUUUCCUCCGCCGGAGACUCUCUUCUCAAUCAAUCAAUCGAUCGAUCGUAUUUAUUGAGCGCUUCCUGUGUGCAGGGCACUGGACUAAGCGCUUGGGAAGUACAAAUUGGCAACAUCUAGAGACAGUCCCUACCCAACAGUGGGCUCA